AUGUUGUCUAUAAAAUCCUGGGAAGACUGUGAGGUGUUGCUCAAACCGAAUGGCAUACGGAAGAAUUCGGAACGACCAAGCGGUAUGAUCACGGCUGUCUUUGAGAUGGCCUGUGAUAUCGGUGUAGUGUGCCGGACGCUCUACGAGCCACUUGUUAACUCAUAUAGACCGCAGUUGAUUGAUACAUCGUUGAACAUUAAAUUCACGGGCCUCAAAGCUUGCACGGACGUUCACCAAAUCUCAGGUAUCUUACCCGAUUCGCUUGACUCGUUCCACUCGUUAAUGGAACGUUUCCCCAAUUCGACCAAACCUAUUGAGGAGAUCAACCUAGUGACAGAUGGUGUGGCUCACCACUUAGCCACUAAAGGACCACUAGUAAUGGCACGACCUCGACGACUGGCACCGAACAAAUUAGCUUUUGCUAAGUGUGAGUUCGACAUUUAG